GCCUAACUCUCGUUUUCAUUUUCAUGUCGAAACUCAAGAGCUAUUUGAAAUGUCAGUACCAUGUUAAAACCACAAGCUGUGAGUAAACGAUGGUCAUUAAAAGUAAGCCUACAUUGCAACUCUGUCAUCAACUAUGCAUCAUUCACUUAAUUAAAGCCCUUUGCUUUGAGCUUGCCCCCCAGUCUCACCUCAGGGUCUCACACAGUAUGGGUGUACUUGUUUACAUGCUCAUUUCUUUGUGUGCUGUCAGGCUCCACGUGUCGUUGUCAACAUCCAUCCCUGUCCAUCCAGCCAAGGAGGGUCAGAAUGUGAGUCUGCCCUGCAACCUGACCCUCCGCUCUGACACAGCCUGGUAUCUCCUCCGCUCAGAGGAACUGCAGCUCGUGAUGGCUGGCGAAAAGUUAUCCAGGUUAGACAAUGCGAGCAGUGCUAUUUACAAUAAAGACCCAGAGCGCUUCAAAGCAGUGAAGGAUUCGUCUGGAUUGAUCAGUAUUGAGAUCAUCUCGCUGAGAGAGACCGACCUUGGAUACUACUUCUGUGCUGGCCGCUCUCAUGAUGGAAGUAUGGUAUUCGGAAAGGGAAUUUGUCUGGUGUUUGAGGCCCAUGAGGGAGCAGGGCACAGGGAGUCCCCUCCAUGCUGGGUCCUUACGGCCUGUGUCGCCCCCGCCUCAGCCCUGCUCUCAGGCCUCGCUGUCUGGGUACUCUGUUUCCAGAAAGGCAGAUCCAUUUACUUGUGCAGUGGCUGUUUGAAGGGGGACACAAGUCUAAAGGAAAUGGGCUUGCACUAUGCUAGCCUAAAGCACACAGCCAAGCCCCGCCCCCCAACUCAAGGGAAGUUCCCAUUGGAGGGAGAUGUGACAUACUCAAUAGUGGGUUGCCAUGUCAACUCAAGCACUUAAUGAUGUCUUAUAUUAUGUUAUAGUAUAGUAAUAUUACAUACUGUACAAAGCACUGUCACAUAUUUGUCUAUAGUACCCAAUAGCUUUAUUUCUGUUUUGUAAAGUUUUCUCACACAGGACAGGACAGAAUUCUCUACAUAAAGGGCAGUAGAUCGUUCUUUUCUCAUCAACUUUUUAUUGCUGUAGGUAAACGAACCAGUUAAUCACACAUGCACACACAUGCUCUUCACUCAGUUGCACAGUCGAUGUACUUUUUAAGCUACGUUCUCUCAUCCCAGUUUCGUUUUGACUGGAAUAACUACGAUCUCUCUUUGCUUUUCUGUGGGCGCAUCGUCUUAUGCAGUGAAGACUGAAACUGCCCUCUUCAACUGAGUUGAUCCCGCUUAGCUCAGACUCUUCUGCAUAUAGCAUUUAAAGGUUGAUCCAAAAAUAGUUUGACUUCAAAUGCUUCUUAAUAAAUCUUAAAGCUGCAAA